UCUUAUUUCGUUUGGCCUCCUCUGCGCUGGUUUAUCUGGUAAACAUUAAUGUAGGGGUUGCCUCUUAAGCUUUUUUUAUUUUUUACAAUACUUCUGACAACACAACUUGGGUAGACUUUAUGCUGUAAACAAUGUUCCUCCCCAAGUUUUCUUAUUUAUUCGGUCUUAGAACAAAAUGAAUUUAGAUAUAGUGUUUGAAUUGGAUUUUAAGAAAACCUCGAAAUCUACACCACCGUUUUGCAAAGAUGAUGCCACUUACCAAUGAAAUUCGCCUUAUUUUCACCGCUGUAAGAUUGUAUGUGGGAUCUAGCUUCCUGUAGCUACACCCAAUAUAAAUAUGUCUGUACAUCUCAAUCUUGGUUAACACAUCGUGCAUAAAACAUUGAAGAGAUAUAAUCAAAAAGUGACAGAUGCCUUCAGCCCAGAAAGGUCGCUACAGUGAAGAUAAUGCCAGAAGUCAACACGUACCUUACCAAAGCGAUCACUUUUUGCCCACUCUUGCGGCACCAGUUCCUGCUCAAGAGCCAUCAACUGUUGGUCAUUUCCGUCUAGUGCAGUCCAGGAACUGGGCUUCUGCCUCAUCCAGCAACGGACUUACUGCAACAUCUCAUGACGCAAUGGACGAAGGGGACCAUCGCGUGGACAGGAAGAAGCAGCUGGCCAGGCGCCAGUUAAUGGGUGGCUUGACUGUAACUCAUCUCCCGCCUCAAUCAGAACUUCCUCGUAGGACCCACAGCUUUAUUUUCAGGCCGGACGUCGGCGACUCCGGCCAUGAAUCAAAUCCCGUUUACCCCGAUGCAUUUCGCCGACAGCGACAUAGCCUUAUGCAUCCGAGACGGUUGGCGACUCAGGUGUUUAGCUCGGCGGUGGAAGUGAACCUCAACGAGCAGAACAACAGGGGCUCGCGUCGUAUGAUUCACUCUUGGAACGAACUCGUUCAAGAGCUAAACCGCCGUAAAGACAUGCUUCAAACGGACAACUUGGAUCAUUUGGCCUUACCGCUGGACAAUGCCUCUAACCACUCCUCCGGUUCCUCUAAAAAAGGCCUCACUCGGCCUUAUGGCGGACACACAAACGGAGGCAACACGCAGGUGAACUCUGUUCUGACUUUAACGGCAGACAUCCAAACUGACGGUUUGGGGGUGACCAGAUACAGGCCUAUCACCCCAAGGUUUCUGGCCGGCCUGGACAAGAAAAGAUUACCAUCCCGCACACUAACCCAACUUUGGGUCAAUACUAUCCCAGACAAUCUUCGUUCGUAUCGUGUGACACGGCCAAAAACAACAUUGACCUAUGACGAUGUAACGAACUUUGACAAAUAGAACUGAUCAAACUGAUCUCUUGUUGUACGGGUAUUUUUAGUGCUAAUGUGUUUUUUUUUUAAUAAUUCUUUUUAUUUCACUUUCACUAGUUCACACCAAAUGGACACUCAUUUCAUUAAAAUUUUAAAAUAUGCCUAAACUUAACGAAAUCUAGAUCUCCAUCUCUUAUAAGUCAGGUAUAUGCUUAUAUCUUUUUGUUUAGAAACAUUAUUUUACUAUUUUAAAAGUGGCUUUAUGUUGAGAGUUUAUCAUUAAAACGAUACCAGACAUAUGAAGUGGCUGAGUGGUAAAGCGCUUGGCUUCUGAACCGACGGGUCCCGGGUUCGAAUCCUGGUGAUGAAUGGGAUUUUGAAUUUCGGUAUUUUUAGGGUGCCUCCCAGCUCUAAUGGGUAGCUGACAUUAGUUGGGGAAAGGUAAAGACAGUUGGUCGUUGUGCUGGCCACAUGACACGCUCUUUAACCGUAGGCCACAGAAACAGAUGACCUUUACAUAAUCUGCCCUAUAGACUGCAAGAUCUGAAAGGGUAACUUUGCUUUAUGUUGAAUAGGUAAAUUUGUUACAACUAUUGUUCCUAAAUAUAGAAAGCUUUGCUUCAUUAGUCUUAACAGAAACCCUCUACAUGUAAGUAAUGUCAACACUAAUUCCUUAGAAACAAACCAUAAUUUUACUAUUAGAAAUAUCUUCACUAAGCAAUUCAUAACAUCUCGGAAAAUAUAGUUGUAACUUUUAGCUUUAUGCUUCCGUCAGAUUUAUUCUAAACCAAUAAAAUUUUGACCUAAAAUAUUUUUAAUAAUAAUUGUAUUUAAGCGUAUUGGGUUGCACUCUUGUUUGUUUAUGAACGUACUCUUGUUUCUGAACGAUAUAGUUAGGCUAUUAAUUACUUUAAAGGAGAGUAAAGCAUAGUACGUCAAGAUAUCUAUGAUAUUUAAAUAAAAAUAAAUGGUGAGUUCUAAACAGGUCAAUUCAGUGAUGAUAACAGUGACUUUCGAUUUGUAAAUAAUAUAGCUUAAUUAUAUAACAACAACUGGAAUUAUUUGACUCAAUAUGAAGGCUAUUCCUGUGAUUUAGAAAACAAUGUAUGAUGCUAUUAGUUUUAAGUCUCAUUAGAUUUUGAUUGAUCUCAUGACGUUGCUGACCAGUGACACUUGGGCAGGGGCAGGAGCACGCAACGUACUUGACCUUGUAGCUACAAACUCAACUGUUUCUAAAUCAACAAUGAUUUUAAAAGUAGAAUUUUGUUUUUAUAAUAAAGGAAUAAAAUAAUUUAAAAGCUAUACAUAAUAAUGCCUUGGAAGUUAUUGUUGUGUAUAACAAAUUUGAUUUUCCAGAUCCACAACUUGCUUGUAA